CAUGGUUCUAUAUUAUUCUUCGAAAAUAACACAACAAACCAGCUUGCUUACAACAAUCUAAAUGCUUGAAUGCCGCAGCUGUAAACCAUGCCAUACGAUUCAACUACGAUAGUCAGCACAAGUGGUAACAGCAGUAGUAGCAACGACAACAACAAUAAGAUCUUAAAUGACAACAACUUGCAGAUAGCGACCGAGUUUUACAUUUCCGAGACACCGAGCGAACGAGAUAAACGAAUACGCGAUCUGUUUAAAACGCUCGAUCGUAAGAACACCGGGCAUCUCGACAGCGAUGCAAUUCGAAAAGGAUUUACGCAAAUGACGCAUCUCCCGGCUCGCAACAAGUAUGUCCAUGAGCUGUUGCAACGGUGCGAUACAACUAACGACGGCGUGGUGGACUUUGACGAGUUCAAGACCUAUGUAAACGACAAAGAAAGAGAGCUCUGGCAGCUUUUUCAAAAGAUUGAUCGCAGUGGCGACGGCCGAUUGUUGCCUAGCGACCUCAAAAGUGCCUUGCAAAGCACAGGGAUUGAAAUUUCCCAGGAAGAAUUUAUGGAUUUCAUGCAAUUGAUGGAUUUAGAUGGAAACGGUGUCAUUGAUUUCAACGAAUUUAAAAACUUUCUGCUGCUUUUGCCACAAACAAACAUGAGCGAAGUGUAUCGUUACUAUCAGUCCUCGACUCGCUUGUCGCCCGAUGCCGAAGUGACCAUACCACCGACCGACGAGACAUCCAACCACGCAUUACGGUAUCUGGCUGCAGGCGGCAUGGCAGGUGCCUGCUCAAGGUCGUGUACAGCACCCUUUGAUCGUCUCAAAGUGUAUCUCAUCACACACCAGGAAAAGUCGCUGACAUUACGGCAGGCUGUCGAGUCCAUUUAUAAACAAGGCGGAUGGCGCGGCUUUUUUGUCGGCAACGGGCUGAAUGUCAUGAAAAUUGUGCCCGAAUCGGCAAUCAAGUUUUACUCGUACGAAACAUGUAAAAGGAUCAUGGCAAGUGCCCUGGAUUGCGAGGAUAAGGACUCCAUCCCAACAAGUGCUCGGUUUAUGGCAGGAGGUGUUGCCGGCAUGUGUUCACAGCUUGCGAUUUAUCCGGUUGAAACACUCAAGACGCGAGUCAUGUCCCUCCAGAGGGAGGGAAAGAUAGAUAGCCUGAAACAGCGAUCGUUGAUUUUAAAUACAAUUAAGGAUAUGUAUGCGCGUGCGGGUUUUCGUGGAUUCUGGCCUGGUUUGACAUUAGGCUUGGUGGGCGUGUUUCCAUAUCAAGCUUUGGACUUGGGUAUCUACGAAACCCUGAAGCUGACGUAUCUUGGAUACAUGGAGGAGCAAGGAGCUGGACCAGCGCAGCCAAGCGUAUUUGUGCUUUGGGCGUGUGGUAUGGUUAGCGGGUCUAUAGGUGCAACAAGUGUAUACCCUUUAAACGUUGUACGAACGAGAUUACAAGCACAAGGCACAGCGGCACAUCCAACGAUAUACCGAUCUCCAUGGGAUGCUGUUAGAGUAACUUAUCAAGCAGGUGGGCCUCGUGAGUUUUAUCGCGGUCUUGGCCCUACUCUUUUAAAGGUUGUACCUGCCAUUAGUAUCAGUUAUGUCACGUACGAAUGGGGCAAACAACAGUUGGAGAUAUCAUAAACACCCAUGCACACAUGCACUCACACACACACACAAGCAAACACUUGCACAAUCACGCAUUCACCCACUAUAUUAUGUAUUUGUUACCCUUUGCUACACCCACACACGCACUUACACAUUCUAUUUAACAACCAUUCACCCGGCAUCACUUCUCCAUACUUUUGUCUUCUCACAAAAAAGAGACAGAAAACCAACACCUCAAGGCAUUACCAUUUCUUUACAAUUUAAUUGUUCUUUAUACUCUUGCAAAUCAAUCGCUAUUAUAGACAU